GCCAGACUUAUUAUUACAUGUAUAUACGAUCAUAUCCCCUCGGAGGUUGCUUGGGUUAAAGAUUCACAGGCACUUAUUACUGUAGGGAAUAAGUGCAUCAAUUUUCUUUCAAUUCCUUCCAAGUCUAGGCCAUCCAUUCAAACCAAAGGUUCAGAGUGCCGAUACUAUCAUGAAAGUCUUGUCUAACAAUGUCGCCGUUGCGGCUACAUUCUUGCUCUCUACAGUUCAAGCACAAUGUCCAGAUUACUCUCAAUAUUCCCUCACACAACAUCCACCUCUUAGCAGCGGAAGAUAUGCAUUAUCAUGGAUGAGACCGGAACCCGCAUGUCGGACUUUCAACUCCUCAAUUGUAGAGAAAACCAUAAGCGAUAUGGAGUCGGUGAUUGCGGACCCUGAUCUCUACCGCAUAUUCCAAAACUCAUUUCCCAAUUCUCUCGAUACAGCUGUGAAGUGGAGAGGCUAUGCAGCAGACAACGCGGAAGAAGAAUUGACAUUCUUGAUUACUGGAGACAUCGAUGCUAUGUGGCUACGAGAUUCGGCAAACCAGAUGCAGAGCUACUUGCCAUUAUUGACAAAUGAUUCGUCUCAAGAUUCCCUUGCAAGUCUCUAUCGAGGUGUCAUCAAUCUUCAAGCUCGAUACAUUCUCGAAGCGCCAUACUGCAAUUCCUUCCAAGCACCCGUCGAAAGUGGAAUUGCACCACAACAAAACCAACCAACCCCAGACAACUUCACCCCCGCCGAACCCACCAGUGUUGUCUUUGAGUGUAAAUAUGAAUUAGACUCUUUGGCUGCAUUCUUAGAAAUCUCAAGCGACUACUACGAUGCUACGGGUGAUAUCACGUUUUUCCAAAAAUUCAAUUGGGUUAAUGCUAUCGAGACCAUCAUUUCCACAACGGAAGGGCUUUUGAUCGGAACAUAUUCUGCAAAUGGCAGUGUGAACACAAGCCCAUAUACAUGGCAACGAGAAACAACCAGUUCAACCGAGACACUGAGUAACACUGGAGCUGGAAAUCCUGUUCAAGAAGGCACUGGACUGAUCCGAUCUGCAUUCAGACCCAGUGACGAUGCAACCAUCUAUCAACUAUUCAUCCCAGCAAACAUGAUGUUCUCCCGCUACCUCGAAUCGUGCAGUAAAAUCAUGGCCCAAAUCUCCGGCCAAAAAGAGCUCUCAGACCACAUGCACACUUUCGCAAGCAGCAUCCGAGCCUCCAUCACCAAAUACGGUAUUGUAAAUGAUCCCGUCUACGGAAAAGUAUACGCCUACGAGGUCGAUGGAUUCGGUUCUGCAAACCGCAUGGACGACGCCAAUAUUCCCUCUCUCCUUGCAGCUCCUUUCCUCGGUUACCUAAGCGUAAACGACACAAUCUACCAAAACACCCGCAAAUUCAUCCUCUCAAAAGACAACCCCUACUUCAUGCGCGGUCCCGUUAUCAACGCCGUCGGCGGCCCACACGUCGGACCCGGCAACGCCUGGCCCAUGGCCAGCAUAAUCCGCAUCCUGACCACCUCCUCACCAACCGAAAUCUACAGCACCCUCAAAGAAAUCGUCAGCAGCACCGACGGCCUAGGUCUGAUCCACGAAUCGAUCAAUUCGUUUGAUCAGCACCAGUGGACGCGUCAGUGGUUUAGCUGGGCGAAUGGGCUGUUCGGUCAGAUGAUUUUGGAUUUGCAUAAGAGGGGUGGGGAUGUGGGUGCUGUGUUGGGUAUGAGUUUUCAGUAGGGUGUGUUUGAUUGGGUUGGGUUGGGUUGGUUUUGGUGGGAGAGAGAGGGGAAGGGGAAUUCGCUUGAGGGAAUCUUGAAAGAGAGAGAGAGAGAGGGAGGGAAAUGAAUAGUGCAAAAUUAUGGAAUAGGUAAUAGGUAAUAGGCACGCACAAUAAUUCCCACUUCUCGACACUAAUUCACGCCAAUCAAUACAAAUAUAAUUGCAAUAUAAUACAAUACAACACAAUACACAACACACAAUACAAUAUCUUGCUCA